CACAGCAAAGAAUAAAAAUUAAAUGAAACCAAGAACUGAGUCCAGAGUGGUGAACUCUCAUUGACUUAGCAACAGCGAUCCUGCGAUUGUCACAAGUGUUCUUUGGUUGGCAUUAAAUUAUCACUCCCCUCUGAAAAAGCAGGAAAAAACUUAGAAGAGAUGAGUAAAGUAAAGAAAAGGAAAAGAUUUGGGGCAAAGCCACCACCUUUUCUUGAUUACUUGAAAGAUAUUCUACGGAGGUAUCCUGAUGGUGGGCAGAUCCUUAAGGAGCUCAUACAAAAUGCAGAUGAUGCAAGAGCCACAGACGUUAUGUUCCUGUAUGAUGAAAGAAGCUAUGGAACAGAGAAACUUUGGGAUGCAGAAAUGAGCAAGUUUCAAGGUCCCUCUUUGGUGGUAUACAACAGUGCCAGCUUCACAGACGAGGACUGGGAGGGAAUCCAAGCAACUGGAAGAAGCUUCAAAUGCAAAGAUCCAGAUAAAAUUGGUCGUUUUGGUAUUGGGUUUAACUCAAUUUACCACAUCACAGAUCUGCCAUAUAUCUUCAGUGGUACAAAGAUUGGCAUUAUGGAUCCACAGGAGAAGUAUUUUCCAGAUGGAGGAUGCAUGUGGUCUUUGGAAGAUAAUGAAGACAUAGCAGAAGUGUUGGAACAUUCAGACCAAUUUGAACCUCUGAGGCAAAUUGUUGCUGAAGUCAAUAAUGGAAAAUCCUGGGAUGCUGCUCUAAGUGGACAGUUCUUUCAUGGGACUAUCUUUCGAUUCCCACUGCGGAAUGACAUUUCAGAUAUAGCAGACAAUUUAUAUGACCAAAGCAGAAUCUUUGAUCUCUUCAAUUCCUUUUCAAUUGAUGCAGAGAUUAGCCUUCUCUUUCUCAAACAUGUGUCAUCAAUUACACUGAAGCACAUCAGUCCCGAAGGGCAAGUGAAGAAGAUCCUGUCAGUUUCAUCUUCCCAGGAAAUACUCAGCAGCAACAUGAAUGGAGAUAGCCAGAUUGGACUAAAAGGUGUAGAAUCUUCUUUUGCUCUUAAAGAGCUAUCACUUGAUAAGCCAAUGUGUGAACAGCAAAGCAAUCUUUGGUUGGUUUCUACUGUUUCUUCUAAACCUGGGUUCAAUAAAAAUCUUGAUGUUCUGGCUGAAAAGCUAAAAUAUUUUGCCCGCGUUGGCCUUGCAUUCCCAAUAGGCCAAGGUCAUGCACCAGAGCGCAGAGGACGCCUGAGCUGUUUUCUACCUCUGCCUGACAAUGAAAGCAACACCACAGGACUACCUGUCCAUGUGAAUGCCUGCUUUGGGCUCACUGAUAACCGUCGUUAUAUCAAAUGGAUUGAAGAAGACCAAAAACACGAUGAAGCUGCUCAGUGGAAUGAACAGCUGGUAAAUGAUGUACUUCCAGAGGCUUACUGCCAGUUUGUUCUUGAUGCCAUUGCUGAAGCUCAUAAAGGCAACAAAAUUCUAGAACCAAUGAUGACCUACAGUCUCUGGCCAGAUUUAGAAAAAAUGGUGUUCAAUGAACGCUGGCAGAAAAUAGCAAGAAAAACAAUGGCUCUCUUAUUCAAUUUUAAAGUUCUUUAUUCUGCCUAUAACAACAUGGACUGGAUAAAGCCACUGGAUGCUGUUUUCCAAGCAGCUUCUGAAGAUCAGGCCAUCAGACAAGCUGUUGAAAAUCUUCUUUAUUUAUUACAGAAGCCUUUGGUGAAGGUUCCAGACCAUGUUAAUCAAACGAUUCAGUGUGUUCUUGGAAAUCAAAUCACAAAAACUACUCCAGCAUUUGUCUGUGACCUGCUGAAAGUGUGUGCACUAGAUAAACUGACUCGAGAGGACAAAAUGUCGCUUCUUGAGUUUGUUCUUAAAGAACCUGAUCAUUUCAAACUGAAAGGUCUUAAAUUGCUGCCUCUCAGCGAUGGCUCCUUUUCUGAUUUUCAUGUCCCCAACUGCCAUGAAAAACUAUUUGUUGAUAGUGAAGAAUUUCCAAGGUCCUUGUUACCUGGGCUGGAAAAACAAUUCAUUUCCAAAGAACUAAAACCUACUGUGUUUGGCUCUUUGAAGAAUUUAGCUGCAGAAGAGAUUUUUAAUCUUUACAACCUAAAUGAGAGGCUGGUCACAGAAUACAUCAAGCAAGCUGUACCCGGCGACUGGGCCUGUGGCUCUGAACACGUCACGUGGGAACUGAACAAUCCAAGUCAUCCACCCUCCGGCUGGCUUGAGCAGGUGUGGUCAUUCCUGGGUAAAUACUGUUGCAAUCUAUCUGCCUUUGAAGGAUUACCUAUUAUUCCACUCUCGCGAGCAUCAAAGGACUGUGUUUACCUGGCACGUCUUCUGAAAAACACAACUUUGAUUUUCCAAACUUAUAAUGAGUACAGUUUGGAUGAAGAGAUGGUAGCCAUUAUAGAGAAGCUUGGGGGUACUAUAAUUAAAGGGGACAACGCUUUUCUUGCUCAUAAGCAGCUGAGCCAAUAUGUCCUCCCUCCUUCUGUAAGCAAUGUCUUAACCUUGAUUUCCAACAUUGGCACUGAAACAGUUAUAAAGAAGGUAAAGACUAUGUCUGCAAAUGAAAAAGAUCAUCUGAGGUACUUCCUCUCUGAAGCAAAGGUUUUCACACAAGUACAGGAAAUUGUUAUUUCACAGUUACCUGUCUUUCGUCAUAUGCUUUCACUAACUGGAACAAGUGAAGAGUUUGUAGCUCCUAAGAAUUACGACGCACUGAACUUUGACACAGUGCCUUGUGUACCACAUGAUCUUACUUUGCCAGAAUUGGUUCUGAGAUGCAACAAUGAACAAGACAGAAAACUUCUUUUGCUUUUGAAGGGCAGGUUACUCAGUGCAGCAGACAUUGCUGUUAGAAUUAUAGAAGGGAUGAAGAAAGGCCUCUACAGAACCUCUGACCAGGCAGACACUGUUAUGCUGUGGAUUCUAAGAAAUGACCCCUUGCUUUACAAGCAGAACAAAGAGGUUCGUGAAAAGUGUAAAAAACUUCAGUUUCUAAAAUCAAGAGACAUGCUAGUUGAGCCAUCUGACAUCUUUGAUCCAGAAGUGGCCAUAUUUAAGGAUCUGUUUGGUGAAGAUUACUUCCCACCUCAGGUUUUUCAGGAAAAUGAAGUGCUGCAAGCCUUGCGCCUCCUGGGAUUGAGAACAUCUGCAGGAGAUAUAAAUGCAAAUGAGUUCCUAAAGGUGGCAGAAGAAGUGCAAAAAUUACAUAUUUUUGAUGAUAAAAAAAAAUCAGAUGCAUUGAUAAAAGUAUGUAAUGAAACAAAUAUUCUCAAUAGAUUAACGAAAAAUCAAAUUUGUGACCUUUGUGCCUUGAAGUGGGUACCAGCCAAGUUACAUGCAGCCAGCAUGAGUAGUAGGUAUAAACCUCAUGAAGUGAAGCAUAUAAGUUUAAAUAAUUUAGUUGGCUUGGUCAUGCCACUGACAAGUGAAUUAAACAGCCAGGCUUGUGAGGUUUUGGGUAUGACCAGUCCCCCGCCUCCAGAAAAGGUUGUUGAAAACCUCAAACAACUUUCUGCUUCCUAUGCAAGUCAAAAUUCAUUUUUCAUCAAAAAUCAAGCAGUUGCAAUCUACAACCAUAUGCAGGAAAACCUUGAAAAAUAUGAGUAUUUUUUAAAAGAUGCGCCAAUCUGGAAUGGAGAUGGAUUUUCACAUCCAAGAGACAUUAUUCUGAAUUACCCAUCUGAAUUAGAUUUAAGCUAUUGUGUGAAGAUGGUUCCACAUGAUUUAUCACAAAGGUACAGUAAAUUACUGACAAAAUGUGGUGUGAAGCCUAUGCUGAGCGCAAAAGAAGUGGUAAACCUCUUAUGGGAUUUAAAGAAAAAUAUAGAUGCUUGUGUGAUCAAUGCAGGACCAAAGGAGAUGAAAUUUACCAUUGCAAUUCUUGACUGGCUCAAGCUGACAAAUCAUCAUAUAAAUAUCUUGCAAGAUAUUGAUAAACUCUUGGUUCCUGUCCACAAAGUAGGAAAGCCUGGAGGUUUUCGCUUGGAGACCGUGUCCAAGGUCUUAUUUCCAGACAUUUCUGCAGAUGUUUUUGAUGAUCUUUGUCAAGAUGAUGAAAACUUUGUCAUUGUCCAUAAAGAGGUACCUCGGGCAACAGCCGAGUUUUUGCAGGUUCCUUUUCUGAGCACUAGAAUAUUAAAUCCUGAAUUCAUACCAUGGGGUCAAACUGAACCGAUAUCUUUGCGGAUUAAAAAUAUUCUCAAAGAGUAUGAUGAGGACGGUGAUAUUUUCAAAGAACUCAUUCAGAAUGCAGAGGAUGCUGGUGCAACAGUUUGCAACUUUUUAUUUGAUAUGCGGCAAAAUGAAGACUGUAGGGAAAGCCUAAUUGAUCCUGGCAUGGCACUGUGUCAUGGGCCGGCUCUGUGGUCACACAAUGACAGGACCUUUUUAGAAGAGGACUUUAAAAACAUUACCAAAGUUGGAUCAGCUUCAAAAGAGUCACAGAUUGAUAAGAUUGGACUUUUUGGCCUGGGUUUUAAUUCAGUUUAUCAUAUAACUGAUGUUCCAUCAAUUUUGAGUAAAACAAAACUAGUAAUCUUUGAUCCCAACGUUACGCAUCUUAGAAAGCACAUUCCACAGCAGAGUAAUCCAGGCAUAAUGCUUGACCUUUUAAACAAUAAGCAGACACUUUGCAGAUUUCCUGGUCAGUUUAAACCAUAUCAAAAUGUCUUUGGUUGCGAUAUAAAGAGAAGCCCUUUUACAUAUGAUGGAACAUUAAUUAGGCUGCCAUUUAGAACUCCAGAAGAAGCCUCCAAUUCGAAAUUAAGCAAUAAGUGCUAUGAUGAAUUUAGAGUAAAGUCAUUUCUGAACGCAUUUAUUGAUAACUCUGAAAACUUGAUAAUAUUCUUGAAGAAUAUUGAUAAGGUGAUUGUUAAAUUUCUGCCCCAACAUGCUUCCACAGAGCAGCUAAAGGAAGACACCAUAGUAGAAGUAAAGAGAACAGAGGUUUGCAAAUUUAAUCUGGGUAGCUGUAUCCCAUUCCUACAGCACUUACAGAAGUCAGCGGCUAAGCUUCAAGAGUUAAGCAGUAAAUGCAAAAACAUUAUUGAUGUCAGCACAUCAUCUCUCUCUGAAAUUGUACUGAGGGGCCAAAAUAUUCCUGAGAGUUCUAAAUAUUGCUUGGUAUGUUCUUGCUUCGGCAUAGAAAGAUCUUUAACGAUGUCCAUCAACUCAAAUGAUCAAUGUUUAGUGGCACUGCCACUGGGAAGUGUUGGCAUCCCUCUCAGAAGAAGUCAGUCCCCAAGUAAAUGGAAAGCAGACCCUAAAGUCCCCUCUGGUCAGGUCUUUUGCUUCUUGCCCUUUGCAAUUCAUUCUGGACUUCCAGUUCAUAUAAAUGGCACAUUCUCAGUAACUGCCAAUCGGAAAAAUCUGUGGAACACUGGCCUGAAGGGAGAGUGGAAUAAAGCUCUCCUUGAAGAUGCAGUGGUAGUUGCAUAUGUGACUGCCCUACUCCUUCUGGCAAAAAUGAGUCAGGAUGGCAGUCUUGAAGAUUAUGACUAUUUCUCCUUCUGGCCUAACAUGGAAAAUGUUUCAACCCAGUUUACGGUUGUGGCCCAAGCUUUUUAUAAGAUAGUUGCAGAAGGAUUACAAAGAAUCCCACUAGAUUUACUGAGUAAUGGAACUGCCUGGUGUUCUAUGGACAAUGCACGAUUCCUGGACUUUGAAAUUGUUGCCAAUAAGAAUUUAGGAAAAGCUGCAUUUAAAUUGUUUUGUGAGAAACUUAAGCCACCACACCAAGGGAUUAAUUUGCCAGAAUGGGUGAAAGCUGGAUUCUUGCGUAAUGGCUGUCGCCACAUCAUUGAGACGCACACUUAUAACUGGAGUACAUUUUACCGGGAAAUAGUCUUUGAGAACCUGGAGUCCAUGGAUGUGCCGACCCGAAACAUAUUCAUUCUGCAUGCAAUUGACAUGAGAAAUGAGGACAUUGAUAAUUUAUUAAUGAACAAGCCAUGCAUACCAGCAGGUAAAGCUGGAGACUUAGCAUUUAUAAAAAAACUCAUACAUCCAUAUGGUAAAGUUGCAACUGUUUUUAAUAAAGAAGAAGGACGAUUUCCCACUGGUACUACAAAAGAUUUCCUUCACCCUGAGAGGCUAACAAGGCUUGAAAUUCUCGGUAUGGCUAAAGACAACAUCUCUGUUCCUGACCUUAUUGAGCGACUGAAAACCAUAGAAAGUGUGUGGUUGAAAGACAAGAAACAGGCAUGUCUGAGAAUCCAAAACAUUAUGAUGUUGCUCGCCAGUUUAAAAAUAAGUAAUUCUGAACAAGAGCUGAUUCAGGAUAUACCAUUUUUGCCAGCUGAGCGACCCAUCUCUGUGGAAAACAUUGUUCCUGAAAGAGAUUGCCUGAGAAAACCGAAGGAUAUGUACGGCUAUAAAUUCAGAUGGUGUGUCAAUAUGAGCGAGCCAGUAAUUUAUAAAGACGUGUUCAGCUCAGACUUUAAGAUCUCUCCAGAAGUGAAAAGUAUUUUAGGGCUAAACAAAAACCCACCAUUAGAGACGGUGCUAUUGCAGCUACAAAAGGUUUCUAGUUUUAAUCACAGAAUGAAAUCUGCCACAGUUAAAAGUAUUGUUAAAAGUUGCUAUUCUUACUUAAACCAGUAUCUUCAGCAUAACCCACCAUCAGUUACUCUGGCAAAUGGCUUGAAAUUUCCAUUUAUCUUGGUGGAAGGGAAAUUUGUGUCCGCAGAUGAAGUGGCACAUCAGAUGUUAUUAAAUGGUGCUCCUUACCUUUACAAACUUCCCGAGGAGUACAGAGAGUUUCCUGAACUUUGGAAAUUUGUCAGAGUUGAAAAGAAUUUCUCAUUUGCAGCUUACUCCUCUGUGCUUCAGAAACUGGCUCAACGCUAUAAUGGACAGAGCUUAAAGAAAGAUGAUCUUGACCUGUGUUUGAGAAUCAUCAAUACUGGCUAUGCAAUACUUUUGCAAAAAGAAGAUGUGGACAGCUACACUUCCCAGAACAUUGUGCUACCAGAUCAGAAUGGUAUUCUUCUCCCUGUUAGUAAACUCCAUUACAAUGAUACCCCUUGGUUGGCUAAAGACCAUGACAAAAUGUUGUGUCAUCAUUUAAUACCUCGUGAUCUUGCUAUUAGUUUGAAAGUACAGACCACAAAGCAUAGGGCAUUGGAACACAUGAUGGUAGAUCCACUGUCCCGCUGGGUAAAGGGAUUUGGAAGCCGUGAAAAGCUUACCUUGAGGCUGAAAAAUAUUGUGGAAGCAUACCCAUCAAAGAAAGAUAUUCUAAAGGAGAUACUACAAAAUGCAGAUGAUGCAAAGGCCACUGAGGUUCAUUUCUUUUGGGAUCAAAGGCAGCACCCAACUGAGAGAAUAUUUGGUGAUCAAUGGGCCCCGCUGCAAGGACCAGCAAUUUGUGUCUUCAACAAUAAAAAGUUUACAGAGGAGGACAUUGUAGGAAUUCAGAACUUGGGAAAAGGUGGAAAAGGUGGCUGCCCAGAAAAAACAGGUAAAUAUGGACUCGGCUUCAAUUCCAUCUACCAUCUCACAGACUGUCCCUCCUUCAUCUCUGGAAACAGCCGCUUGUGUGUCUUUGACCCCAAUGUUCAGUACCUGCAGACAGCUACUCACACAGAACCUGGUGGAGAGAUUGCUAUUAACAAUGAGUUCCUAAGAACAUUUCCUGAUGUUUAUAAGACUUACUUACCUUCUCUUUGUAACCUUGAGGAAGGAACAUUAUUUCGAAUUCCUUUGCGAACAUUGGCAAUGGCAGAGAAAUCAGAAAUUAAGAAACAAGCUGUGACAUCUGAAGAUGUUGAAGAGCUAUUUCAGGUUCUUAAAAAUGACUCAGAAGGCCUUAUAUUGUUUUUAAACAAUGUACAGAAAAUUACCUUUCAAAUAAUUACACAGAGACACAAUCAAAAAACACAGUUGCAAUUUACAGUGCAGGUAAAUAUGUCUGAAGAAAGCCAGAAAAAAAGUGAUGACUUUCAAGAGAAAAUCCAGCACAUUGCUGAUCUUAAAAAAGAAAUAGAUGAUAUACAACCAUACCUUACUGUUUAUGAGAAGGAAAUUCACUGCACAUACAAAAAAACAAAAUGGAUUGUAGCAAAGCAAGUAGGUGUCCAGGAAAAGGAAAUCCGUGCAUCAAUGCAACACAUCUCCAACAAUCUGGAACAAAUCCUAAUACCUCACGGGGGCAUUGCAACUUGUGUUAAUUCAUAUGUUCCUGGUAAAGCAUUCUGUUCCCUUCCUUUGCCAGUUGAUACUGGGCUCCCUGUUCAUGUUAAUGGCAAUUUUAUGUUGGAUUCUGCCAGAAGAGAUCUUUGGAAGGAGGAUGGACACAGCAUUAAGACAGAAUGGAAUGAACUGCUCAUGCAACAUAUUCUUGCUUCAUUGUUUGGUGAUCUUCUUCUGUACAUGGUUAAUCUUCCAAGAACUGCCACUCAGAUUGAACAGGUAUUGCAAACCUUUCCUUGUGAGUUUUCUACCAUACAUCAAGAGUGGAAGAAAACAGCAUUACAUGUCUACAAGUACAUUCAUGCUAAAAAGCUCAAAGUUAUACCUGUUGGAAAAAUUGAAAAAAAUGCUCAGAAGAAUAUCCAUGUUAUGUGGUCAAGUAUUGGGAUGGAAAACAAUUUACAGGAGCCACAUUUCCUAAUAGAGAAACAGGGAGACUAUCUCCUAGAAACCCUGCAAAGCCUGGACAUGAAGUUGGUCCUGCAACACGAGAAGCUGAAUAAAAUUUAUGAGGGAUUUCAAGAGGCAGGAGUGAAUGUAGUUUGUUUGUCUCCACAGUCAGUAAGGGAACUUGUGAUGUCUCAUCCUUUGCUGGGCAAUGAAAGCCUUCCAAUGCCUUUAAAUGAAUCUGUAAUGAAAAGUAAAGAGUGUUUUACCAUUAUUUUAAACUACUGCCUUCAAGGGGUGACAAAAGAAAAUGGAAUCUGCCUGGAAGGCUUGCCACUGUUAGUUACAGAGGAUGGCUUCUUACGAAAGCUGCACGUUCAGAAUCCUACAUUUUGUUCAACAUUUCACGAUUUGUUCCCUGAACUAAACUACCUUUUCGCAUUUAGAAAUUUUUAUCUGCGUAAGUUUAAUGACGUUCUGACUGACACUGGAUAUAUGAGAAAAUUCACUAUAGAAGAAUCUGCACAGUUUAUACAAAAAAAACUUAUGCCAGUAAAUUGUUCAGACAGUAGCCUGUGGCCAGUUCUACAAAAAGAUAAAGUUAACUGGAUCAAAAGACUCUGGAAAUAUUUUGAAUCUCAAUUGUUCCCAGAAACAAAAAAUGCAGAAACACUGGAUAUUCUCAAACAGCAUUUUUCAAAUCAUGCUAUCUUACCUAUAUGUGAUUCAAGGACUGAUGCACAACCAAAGCUGGCUCCACUUAACUGCUUGAAAUGUAUUGUUUAUGAGUCAUUAAAUGAUGAUAUUUGUAAGAUUUUAACACAGCUUGGCUUUGCUAGACUUACUACAGAAAUGAUCUCAUUUGAAAUGGUUUAUCAUGUCAUUCGGCCAAAUCUACUCCAAACCAGUGAUCACUCUGCUGUCCUCCAACAGCUGACAGAAGCAAAACAUUUACAGUGUGACAAGUUAGCGCAUGAAGAUUACAAUAGACUUUUACAUUUCUUCAUUAAUGGGAUGAGAAAUAACUCCAAUGAACAGUUAUACAAGCAACAAUUGAAGUCUUUACCUAUAUUUGAAAUGGUGGUGGGAUCUCGAGAGCAAAUCAACAAAUUCCAAAGAGUUUACAUUUUAAAUUCUAAGUUUCAGGAGAAAUUGCCAUCCCUGUUUAAGAUUGACCCCAGAACUGGGCUCCUGGCCAAUUCUUAUGUAAAUAUGAUGUUGCCUCAGCAUGAUUCAACCAUCCAAACUCUAGACGACUUGCAGUUUUUCACCACUGUAGUCCUUGAUCGAAUGGCACACCUCUCAGAAGAAGAAAACCAUGAUGCGCUCUGUUUCCUUUUGGAAAUAAAGAAUGUUUACCCUGUAGCAUAUGACAAAUGUAAAGGCAAGAUUAUUUCAGUAUUGAAAACUAUUAAGUUUAUCAGAGACAGGAAUGGUGCUCUCCGUGAAGCAUCCUUUUUCUAUGAUGACAGCAAUGCUCUGUUCAAAGUAAUGGACUUAAAGGAGAGGUUUAUUCCUCAGGGUUUUUGGAAACGCUUUCAGAGAUUGGGGGUGAGAUAUCUGCUAAUAGAGCUUGGAAUGAUUUCUAGUCCAUCACAAGAUGAUAUCCUUAACUUUGCAAAUCUGGUAGCACAAGAGGCUAGAAAUGGCACUCAAGUAGAAAAGCUAAAGCCUAAGAUAAAUGGAAUACUUCAGGCGGUGUGUAACUUUAAUGAGGAGCAACUAAGAGAAGAUUUUAUUGAAAAGUUGUCAAAAGUUAAAUUUAUAUACCCACUUGAAGUAUGUAAAGAAUUAAGGGACCUCCAUGCCCCCUUCAUUGGAAAAGAUCAACUUAUUGCAAUGGAAGGCUCAAUGGCAUAUGAAGCUGAAAAAGAUCAUCAGCUUAUCUGGAUUGUCAUUCCAAUAUUACCAAAAUGCAUAUAUAGUAAAAAUAAAAAAAAAUCAGGAAUUCUGUUUCUUCCUCCUUUGGAAAAAGUUUUGGAAAAUCUUAAAAUUAUUACCGAGGUCAGCUGUAAAAGUGAAAUGCAAUUAAAAGUAAGAGCACAGGUAUUGGAGGCAGCUUAUGAUUUUUUUCAGAAGUCUUUGCAUGGUCCAUGUGAGCAUCUUUCAGAAAUUUCUUUCAUUAUGGUAGAAGAAGGGACACGAUUGGUUAAAUCAAAUCAAGUUGUGAUUUCACUUAAGGAUGAUAAAGACUUUCGGCCAUACCUAUAUGAGCUCCCUCCAGUACUUGCUACCUUCAAGCAGCUGUUCAUGACUACUGGGGUGUCUAUUGAAGCUACAGCCAUUCAUUAUAGCAUGGUGUUAAGAGAAAUUCAUAUGGAUUGCAGAGAGACAGGCACUUUGCAGCCAAACCAAAUGAAAACUGUCAAAAGAGCCGUGGAGCAUUUUUUCCAGCUCUUGUGUAAGAAUUCAAAUGCCAUAGACUUUAAAUCUCUGAAGCCUUUCUAUUUGCCUGCUACUGAUGGUAAUCUCUAUGAGUCAAACACCUUGUACUACAACGAUAUUGCUGUCUUUCCGGUUCAUGAUAUUCAGUCUUUGAAUGACAACUUUAAAUUUUUGGUUGACCUGAGAGAUUGCCACUUGGAGUAUGACAUAUACAAGAUCCAAACACUUCUGCAGCUCAUGCCAGAGGAUAUCUGUCCAAGGAUGCUGUCAAAGACAACCAAGGAGAGCCUUGAACAGUCCACACUGAAAUUGUGCACCUUUGGCGAAAAAUGUGAUUUUUUCCGACAACUGAAGGAUAUUUUAAUGUCCUCCAAUUUUAGAGAAGGCAUUAUUUGUCUGUUAAAGAACCAAAACAGGGGAGAACUGCCAAGUACCAUAAGUGCAAAUGAGCUAAAGUCAGUUUUUUCCAAAAUCCGCAUUGUGUGUUGUGAAACCCUGGAAAUUGUAUUAUUGUACAACUCAGAAUGCUUGAAAGAUACUAACAUUCGAAAGCAAGUUUAUAUUCAGAAGAACAGUGCUGGGUUUUGUGAUUUCUUUGUUGAACACCAAGAUAAGAUUGUUGGAAGAGAAAUGGUGAAGAAAAUAACAUCACUUGCUCAGGAGAUCAAUAGAUUGAUAAAAAAAGUAUUGAAUGAAGACUCAAUUUUCAUACUCUUGGAAAUGCUCAGCUGCAAUGAUCCUGAUGAUAUUGAUUGUGUACUAUCUGAACAUAAUAUACAUAAUAAUAAAAAUGAUGCAAACAAGUCUUUAAAGUUACCAGAUCCUGGUGAAACUGUACCUGAUGACUUAAUAGACUUCCUGGAGAUGGAUUUUUUAACUAAUAUAGAUGUGGAAGAAUAUGUUGCCUACCUGAUUCCCCCCAUUCAGGAAGAGCGAUACAUUUAUGCAAUCGUGGUUGAAUGCCUUGGAGUUCAGAAUAGAUCAGAUGGCAGAGUAGAAAUGUAUAGAAUUAGAAUUGGUGAAGAUGAGAUCAUUGAAGUCAGCAAAAAUGAUAUUUAUCAGUUUAAGAGAAACAAGAUUGACAAAAAUGAAUCCAUGGAGCUGGUGCUCUUGCCUGAGACAAAGGAGCAUUGUGCUGAACCAUCUGAUCAUUUUUCAAGGCCUUUAGAAGAUAUUAAAAAGGAAAUCAGACACUACUUUGAGGAGAUAUCCAAGCUUCCCAAAGAAGAGCGUGAAAAAGCAAUUAGACGGCUUUAUUUGAAAUGGCACCCUGAUAAAAAUAUAAACAAUGAGGAGGUAGCAAAUGACAUUUGCAAAUAUAUUCAACAACUUAAAGAAGGAAGGGUACCUUCUGAACCAAGUACAUGGGACAAGAAUAGCAACUUUUGGAAGUGGAAUGAACAAGCAAAGAGUCAUAGAAAAUGGAAGUCAAAUUUUUAUCAUAAAUAUAAGUCGCAUGAUUAUGACUUCUUCAGUUUUCAUCAAAGAGGUAGGCCAGAUCCAGAGGAAGCCAUUAGAUGGUUUAAACAAGCAGAACAUGAUCUUGAUGCUGCUUCGCUAAUACUGGGACAGGCAAUGACUGAAUGGUUUUUCUUUAAACUUCACCAAGCUGUGAAAAAAGCACUCAUUGCAGCACAUUACAAAUAUCAGGGGAAGUACUCCAGAGAUCACUCUAUUAUUGUGCUGGCAAAAAACAUGUCCAAAUUCAACAGAGACAUGGCUCAAGUGGUGAAUCUAGUGACUGAACUGAAGAAACUUGGAGUAGAUGACAUGUCAACACAAUACCCUAACUAUCAUCAACCCCCUCAUAUUCCACAUGGGCAAUUCCCUGCAGAAAUGGAAGACAGGGCACUCAGUCUGGGAAACUCAGUGCUAAGACAUAUUAAGGAGUAUGUUUUGGGCUAAUUGUUUAAUGUUAAAAUGAUGCAUUAUGUCUAAUAUGGUUAAUACAUUUUCUUACAUGUUCCUACAUUGCAAAAUGUGAGUUGUGCUGUUCUAAAGCAUUACUUAAUUCUAAUAAUAAUUAAUUAUAUUUAUAUAGUGCUUUCCUAGCUACUCAAAGUGCAUAGACAGAGGGGAACCAUUUCAAUCACCUGCAAUAGGUGUACUUGAAUAUUUUAGCUUAGCCAUAUUGUUUUGAACUAAUGACUUUAAAAAAUAUCCAACAAGUCACAUGUCUAGUACAAUAAAAUGAUGCAGCAAUUUUAUUUGUUGGUAUUUAAAUAAAUAAAAUAUAAAAUAAA